AUGUGGCUCCUUCUGGUUCACCUGGUACUGGCCUGGGUAGCAGAGGCUGCUGCUGCAGUGCCCGUGGUGCCCUGGAGAGUACCAUGCCCACCACAGUGCACCUGCCAGAUCCGGCCCUGGUACACUCCCCGCUCCGUGUACCGAGAGGCCACCACAGUAGACUGCAAUGACUUGUUCUUGUCCUCUGUACCCCCGGGGCUGCCCAGCGGCACCCAGACCCUCCUCUUACAGAGUAACAACAUCGCCCGAGUGGAGCAGAGUGAGCUUGACUACCUGGCCAACCUGACGGAGCUCGACCUGUCCCAAAACGGCUUCUCCGAUGCCCGCGACUUUGGCCUUCGGGCGCUGCCUCAGCUACUGAGCCUUCACCUGGAGGAGAACCAGCUGACCCAGCUGGAGGAUGACAGCUUCACCGGGCUGGCGAACCUUCAAGAACUCUAUCUCAACCACAACCAGCUUCGCAGAAUCUCCCCGGGGGCGUUCACGGGGCUGGGCAACCUCCUACGGCUCCAUCUCAACUCCAACCUGCUGCGGGCUGUGGACAGUCGCUGGUUCCAGGUGCUCCCGAGCCUAGAGGUCCUGAUGAUCGGAGGCAACAAGGUGGACGCCAUCUUGGACAUGAAUUUCCGGCCUCUGGCCAACCUACGCAGCCUGGUGCUAGCCGGCAUGAACCUGCAGGAGAUCUCUGACUACGCCCUGGAGGGUCUGCGGAGCCUGGAGAGCCUCUCUUUUUACGACAAUAAACUGGCCCGGGUGCCCAAGAGGGCGCUGGAGCAUGUGCCUGGACUCAAGUUCUUGGACCUGAAUAAGAACCCGCUGCAGAGGGUGGGACCGGGCGACUUCACCAACAUGUUACACCUCAAAGAGCUGGGGCUUAACAACAUGGAGGAGCUGGUCUCCAUAGACAAGUUCGCCCUGGUCAACCUCCCUGAGCUCACCAAGCUGGACAUCACCAACAACCCCCGGUUGUCCUUCGUCCACCCCCGCGCCUUCCGCCACCUGCCCCAGAUGGAAACCCUUAUGCUCAACAACAAUGCCCUUAGUGCCUUGCAUCAGCAGACGGUGGAAUCCCUGCCCAACCUACAGGAAAUCGGUCUUCAUGGCAACCCCAUCCGCUGUGACUGUGUCAUCCGUUGGGCUAACACCACGGGCACCCACGUCCGCUUCAUUGAACCCCAGUCCACUCUCUGUGCUGAGCCCCCUGAUCUCCAGCACUGCCCUGUCCGGGAAGUGCCCUUCCGGGAGAUGACCAACCAUUGCCUGCCCCUCAUCUCUCCCCGAAGCUUUCCCCCAAGUCUUCAGGUGGCCAGCGGCGGGAACCUGGCCCUCCACUGCCGAGCCCUGGCUGAGCCAGAGCCCGAGAUAUACUGGGUGACUCCAGCUGGGAAGCGGCUGACGGCCACCAGGGCAGGCGGGAGGUAUCGCGUAUACCCCGAGGGAACACUGGAGAUCCGAGAGGUCACCGAAGAGGAAGCUGGGCUCUAUACCUGCGUGGCCCAGAACUUGGUGGGGGCUGACACCAAAUCAGUCAACCUGGCUGUUGGGGGCUCCCUCCCUGGAGGCGGUGGCCAGGAGCGAGAGCUGGAACUGAGGGUUCAGGAAGUCUACCCCUAUCAUAUCCUGCUGCGCUGGGAGCCCCUCCCCAACACCAUCUCUACCAACCUUACAUGGUCCAGCUCCUCUUCCCUCAGAGGCCCAGGGACUACCGCCCUUGCCCGCUUACCUGGGGGCACCCACAGCUACAAUAUCACCCGCCUCCUCCAAGCCACUGAGUACUGGGCCUGCCUGCAGGUGGCCUUUGCUGAUGCCCACACCCAGGUGGCCUGCAUCUGGGCUAGGACUAAGGAGGCCAGCCCCCAACAUGGGGCGCUCGGGGGCCAUCUAGGGCUCCUUGCCGCCUUAGGGCUCACUGCUCUGCUGCUAGCUGCUGGGCUGGCUGUUCACUGGGGCCCUUGUCCUACUAGACCAAGUGGGCGGGUGGGUGGAAAACCUCUCCUUCCAUCCUGGGCUCCUUGGGGCCGGAGCACCCCUUCUGUCCGAGUGGUAUCACCCCCCUUUGUCAAGCAUUGGAAUCCAGGGAGGGAACCCACAAAACUUGCAGAAGGGGAGAUGGUUUCACCAGUAAUCCUCCAUGAUUCCUGA